AUGUGUGCACAGCCCUGGGAGCUCUGGGACACCCGGAAGCGGGGGUACACAGCCAAUGUUAACCCUUCGCCAGCUUACGGAAGGCACGCUGGGGUGCUGGGCUUGGGCAAAGACGACUCGAAGUCGGGGAAGGGGAGCAACUACCGUCGGGCGCACCACCACAUCACGGCGUUCUGGUCGGCGUUUAUGGCUCUGUGUCGCGAGGAAUGCUUGAAGGGAUCUCCGACGCGAGGCGACAGGCCAGUGGAAGAUGACGAAGUGGUCGACGGGGUGAUUUGGUGGAUAGCGGCGCGGGUGGAGGCUCACAAGACCUUCGCUGUGUGGAAGCAGUUCCUCCUCCACGACUACCCAGCGUACAUCGCCUCCCGAACUGCCCUGCGCACGGGUAACUUCAGGUUGAGGCUUGAUGCCCUUCGCCGUAUCGCCCCCAACUUUUGCAUCACCGGCAAAGACAAGUACCAGUUCCUUGUCAUAGAUCACCUGACGGAGGUGUCGCGUUAUUCGCGCAAUGAUAUGAGGGUCGUGUCCGAGCUAUCCUCCGUCUCACUCGGCCCUGAUACGAUUGCACGAAUCGGCUCGGACGAGAGGCAGGAGGUGGCCAAUCGUCUCUACAAGACGCUGACGAAAAGAGUCCUUUCGAGCACGAUAGAAAAGUUGGCACCGAUUGCCCAGCUGCGUCAAGUCGCCAUGUUGGACUUCGAAUCGCAUUUCGUCGAGAAACCACGCACGGAAAGGGACCGUUGCAGGGAGUUGUCGGUGAAACGUGCGCCAGCAGUCAGGGCGGCGAUCGACUGCUCGAGAGAGAGCUCGGCAUUCAAAGGCGAUGAUGGUAUAAUCAAGGUCGUGGCGUUGGACGGGAGAGUCUUCCCGCCGGUCAAGUGGCAAGAGAUUCUCAACUCGGGCGAUAAGGCUGCCGCGCAAUUGCGAGAGUGCGUCCUGUACUACGUCUUCAAGAAGAAAGACCUAAAGGGCGCGACCAAGAAGAAGAUUUUCUCCAUCCCGGCUAGGAACAGCACCAACAAGGCCACGAAGAAUCACGGGAGGUCGUCUGCCCGGAAGGAUACCGUCGGCAAUGCUCACGCGGGGAGCGGAGGUGUGGUGACACAAUAUGAGAUGCUAGAAAUGGUGAGGUCCAUAGGAGCGGCCACGCCGAACAGCAUGGCCAACGCGACGGGAGGUGAGGGAGAGAGCGUGCGCAUUUUAAACGAAGGAAAAGCGUUGUCAUCUCGAGAUUUCGCUCCCAGUCGAAGUUCACACACUCUCAACACCCGCGCAUCUGAGUGUUUAUCCACGUGUUCCGUCCCUCCCCCACACCCCCACACACCUGUUGAAAUCUCUCAUUUUAACGCAACAGGAGCCAAGCACGCCAAGAAGGCGGCGGGUCCGUUGAUAUGGGUCAGAGAGCACUGUGCCGACGGGUUCGCAGUCGACCCGUUUUACGAUGCCGACGCUCAUGGCGUGGAUCUGCCCGUGUCAAUCCACCAAGGGGUGCACCCAGAAUACCUCGAGAAGGGAACCGCGGUGAUAAUCGACUACUUCAAGAAGCAGCUCUUGUCGAAGUGGUUGAAGUCGACGGAGCUGCCCGUUGCGCGCUACGACCGCCAAGAACUAGUACCGGCAAUCAAAGGACACGAGCAGCGUGGGAGGACGGAGAAACUUGGAGGGUGCUCUCGGACCUUCGACCUGAAGUCAACGGAUCCGGUUCCUUCGUUGCAGAAUGGGUCAUGGCUUCGAGCCGAUGGCAAGGCGGCGCGGGACGGAAUCGCCGCCAACCUGGCCAUGCGCGUGCUGGCUGAUGAUGUCUGGACUGCCGACACCAAGCCCAACGGAAUCGUCGCAUCUUUGGCGUCGGAGGCGCUUGAAGCAGUACCACUCCUACACUUUGGAGACGGAACCGACCUGAUCCCUGACGUCGAGCGGCACCGUGGGCCAGACAUCGGCGAGGCGGAACUCCCCGUGAUACACUUCAUCGACCGUGCGAAGAAGUACUGGGGGAAAAGGUUCGACAAGUGGGUCGUUUCAUCGGUAGACACGGACCUAUGGAUGAUCAUCCUACUGGCAAUGACCACUAAUUGGCUCCCGCCGCGUGGCGAGGGUGCGGUUGACUUGACCGCCCAGAGGGUCGUGGGUGGCGAGACCAAGUUCCUGUGGAUGAACAGAGUGUUCGCCAGCAUCUGCAAACUCCAGGACGAAAGCGAUCCGCGUGGCCACCUGACGAAAGCGAUCCGCGUGGCCACCUGUAACCUUCAGGAGCUGGGUUCCCACGGACGCCGACAAGGAUGGCACGUGGGCGAAUGCGCGAGACUAUUGGCGACCAUGUUCUUCUACAAGGAUGAAGCGGCGUUUGGCAGUGCUCAUUUAAGUCCAUCCCAGCUGCUCGAAAGCGUCGACGGAGACGUCGAGGACUACGUGAGCUUGGUCCACUACGCCAUCCUCCAACUUUCCAAGAAGAAGACGACAGCCAACUGUCCGUCUUCUUUUGCCUUGCGCAAGCACGCAGAACGGGGUAACGCCAUCUUCCGGUACUGGCAGAAUGGCCUGACGGAGGCCAUGCCGACGACAGAGUUUGCCGGCAAAGGAUGGGGCGUCGACCCACGAGGAAAGGGGAGCGACAGCGACGAACUCACAGCCGAGAACUGCGUGCUUUGGCUGUCCGAGUAUUCAUACAUCGGCCCUGACCGCAAGACAGCCACGCUGGCGUGCGAAAGUGCUCGCUCGCUUGUGGCUGCAGAAGCCGUUGCACCCUACGUCGGGCGGCGCCGGCACCCGUGCGAGGAGGGGGGAGGCCUGCGUCCCAGCCUACGGUGGCUGCUUCUCAAACUGGGCCGAUCGAGGGUUUCGCCCGACCCCAACCACCCAUCCUUGCGUGUUGCCAAUGCCAUGGCACUCUUUAUCGCCUCUAUGAAGCAGAAGGAAUCGCGCGGAGCGGAACAGAGCGACAUGGAGGCGGGGACCCCCGAGUCACCUGCGAGCAACGACGUUUCCUCCGGAGAGGCUGCGGAGUCGAAGAAGGCAGAUCUGCAGGACCCCGAGUCGAACGAGAACAGCGACGGUUCGGUCGGUGCACUCGACGAUUUGAUGAAGUUGGAUUCGGGUGAACCUGGCUCUAGCGAUGGGGAAUCUGACGGGUUGAGCGAGUAG